GCUGCGAAGAGAUCCAGUUGAGAUUGUUACACCACUACCGCGUAGCGGUUCACCAUUCAGUUACCGAAGAGUUAAUUUUUCCCACAGCACGCAUGAAAUUCCACAAACCCACCUCGCGAGUGUAGUUUACGUGCAAGUGCAAGUGCGUUUACCAACCAUGGAUCCGAUCCCGGAGUCACCAGAGGUGACCUUACGCAAUCGAAAGUCUCCUAAAAGGGGAAAAACGUGUUCAGCGGAGAAUAACACGGAAGACAAGCAGAAUGAACGCAAUGAAAAAUCACUGAAAAACAACAAAAGAGCUCAACCACUAAGCGAGGAACCUGAAAAAUUAAAAGCAAACAGCAGCGCAGUUCGCGACAAAGAUGGCGAAUGUGACAGGGCUAAUCCGUUCGUUAUCCGGGUUAAGCUGGAUGGCGCUUCUGUGUUGCUAUUCCUGGUAUCAUUUGUAACCCGCUUUUAUCGGUUAACCUAUCCCAACGGAGUGGUCUUCGACGAAAUCCACUACGGCCGCUUUGCUGCGUUGUACCUGCGAAACACGUUUUAUUUCGACCAGCAUCCGCCGCUAGGUAAAAUGCUAAUCGCUGGAGCGUCCAGCGCCGUUGGAUAUAGUGGGAAGUUCGAGUUCCCCAAGAUCGGAAGCGAAUACGAUGCGAGUGUACCAGUUUUCGCCUUCCGUUUCAUUCCGGCACUCUGCGGUACCCUGCUAGCUCCCGUAGUGUACAGUAUCCUUCGCCAAAUCAAGCUCAGUCAACGAGUGUGCAUCAUCGGAGGAUUUCUCAUUUGCUUCGACAACGCACUCCUUACGCAUUCUCGCUUCAUCCUGAUGGAACCGAUGCUGCUACUAUUCUCCAGUGUCGGAAUUCUGUUCGUGCUGAAGUUCCUCGACAGUCGUCCCUUCACGAUCCGCUGGUGGACGUUCGGUGCUCUAGCCGCAGCCGCGCUGACGGCUGGUGUUUGCGUCAAGUACAUCGGAUUCUAUAGUUACUUUCUCGCGUGUUACAUCAUCGGUCGUCACGUUUGGAUGCAGCUCCCCGAUCGAACGCAGUCCAACUUCUAUCUGAUAGCUAAAAGUAUCGCGAAAGCCACGCUCUUUCUGGCCGUUUCAGCAGCUCUGUACCUAGGUUGUUUCUACAUUCAUUUGGGUACCCUCUAUAAAGCAGGACCGCACGAUAGCGUGAUGACGAGCGCCUUCCAGGCGUCGCUAGAUGGCGGACUUGCGUCAAUUACCAAAGGUCAGCCACUACGUAUUCAACAUGGCUCGCAAAUAACCCUAAAACACACACACGGACGAGUCUGUUGGCUUCACUCACACGCUCACGUUUACCCGAUCAAGUACAAAGAUGGUCGAGGAUCGAGCCACCAGCAGCAAGUUACCUGCUAUGGCUUCAAAGACGUCAACAACUGGUGGAUCGUUAAGCGACCGGAUAAGGAGAGUAUCGUGGUUGAAGAUGAACCCGACUACAUCGAAAAUGGCGAUGUGGUCCAGCUGGUGCAUGGCGUUACCAGUCGGGCACUGAAUUCACACGAUGUCGCAUCUCCGAUGACUCCACUGAGCCAAGAGGUAUCCUGCUAUAUAGACUACAACAUUUCAAUGCCAGCCAAUCUGCUGUGGAAGGUGGAAAUCAUCAAUGCAAAGGAUUCGAAAAACAAGUGGAACGCGAUCACUUCCCAACUGCGGCUGGUACAUGUUGACACGUCAGCGGCGUUGAAGUUUACCGGGGAACAACUGCCGGAUUGGGGAUUUAACCAGUUUGAAAUCGCCGCUGAUCGGAGGCAGUUUAGCAUCGAUACUAUUUGGAAUGUCGAAGAACAUCGUUACACGCAGGACAAAGACAAGAAAGAUGUACUGGAGAAGCUGCUGAAGACGGAAAUGAUUCCAAUCGAGCCAACUAAACUAUCAUUCUGGGAUAAGUUCUCCGAGCUGCAGAUGAAGAUGUUAUUCCAUGCGGAGAAAGUGGAAGGUCACAUGUACUCCUCGGAACCGUUGGAUUGGCCUCUGAUGGAUAAAGGUAUAGCUUACUGGGUGGACUCAGCAUCCAAUGCCCAGAUUCAUCUGCUUGGGAAUUUAGUCAUCUGGUACUCAGCGACGUUUGCUAUUGUUGUGUACGGAAGCUUGCUGGUGUUCUACCUUAUCCGUAGACGUAGGAAAAUCUUCGAUCUCAGUGAAAACGAAUGGCAACAGUUCCGCUUCGGAGGAGAGAUCUUUCUGGUCGGUUACUUCAUUCAUUAUUUGCCAUAUUUCUUCAUGGAACGCACUCUGUUCCUGUACAACUAUCUACCCGCGCUACUGUACAAGAUCCUGCUGCUGUGCUUCGUUCUGGAACACAUCCAGCUAGCCAUCAGAAAAUUUGUGAAGAUUCAGCUGGUAUCCGUGAUCUUCAACAUAAUCCUGGCUGUCUGGACGGCCGGUGUCUUCUACUUCUACUCCAAGUACAGUGUGUUUUCCUACGGAACAACCCAGCUCAGUGCGGAUGAAGUGCUGCAACUGCGUCUCAAGGAUACGUGGGACUUGAUAGUUCAUAAACCUUAACUACCCUUAAUACCGUUUUUUUUUCUCAAAAAUACUCGUUUUAAUACUCCAGAAAUAGCACGCUUAGCGUACGUGAUUAUGUUAGAAAUAAAAUGUUA